GCAUAGGCAAAAACCAUCUUUCCUAUUCGAACCGGUUGUGUCAUCUGUACUUAGGUACGUGGCUAAUUUAUUUUUGCAGCGUCGUCGUUGCUGUGGCGCGUUCACUGCGACUACUAUGACCACUGUGUCAUGCAAGAUAGAUACCGCUCACACUGAUAUCAUCCACGACGCUCAGUUGAAUUACUACGGAAACCGUCUCGCCACUUGCUCUAGUGAUCGUCUUGUCAAAGUGUUCGAGGUAAAAUCUAAUGGUUAUAUCGUCCCCAUAGCUGAACUUGCUGGACAUUCCGGACCGGUAUGGCAGGUAGCAUGGGCCCAUCCUGACUUUGGUGGCUUGUUAGCUUCCGGUGGAUACGACAGGAGAGUGAUCAUCUGGUCUGAUAGUACAGGAAGAUUUCAAAAGUCACAUGAAUGGACGGGACACGAAGCCAGCGUAAAUUCUGUUGCAUUUGCGCCACAUCAACUUGGACUCAUUCUCGCUACUGCAUCAGCUGAUUGCUCCAUAGGAAUACUCGAAUUCAAUGCGCAAAGUGCUCAGUGGGUGGAAUCUAGAAUUCUCAAAGCGCAUGAGCAGGGUGUGAAUGCUGUUUCAUGGUGUCCUGUUCAACGAACAAUUGGCGAUGUUGGCGAACAACCUUUGCGAAAACGGCUUGCCUCUUGUGGGAACGACAAACUCGUCAAAAUCUGGGUUCCUGACGAAAAAGGAGAAUGGACCGUGGAGAAGAACUUGGCUGGUCAUUCGGACUAUGUUCGAGAUGUUGCUUGGUGCCCUGUCAUCAGUCAUUCCAUGUACACCAUUGCAAGCUGUGGAAUGGAUCAAAGCGUAAUUCUCUGGAGGUGCAAUGAGAACAACGAAUGGACUGCGAAAUUACUAGAAAAGGCUGAAGGUGCACUGUGGCAUGUAAGCUGGUCUAUGUGUGGAACAAUUUUGUCUGUCAGCGGAGAAGAUAACAAGAUAACGUUGUGGAAAGAAAAUAUUCAAGGACAAUGGCAAAAAAUGGACGAUAACGGGAAGGCUUAAGCACAAAGCUCACUUGUAGUUAUAAUUGUCAUAUUGAUUCUUCUUCAUGAUUGUUGUUGAGAAUAUGUGAUCAUUUGGGGAAAUAUUUAUUGUCUCAUUGUUAUUGUUUCAUCGCAGUUUGAACCCGUAAACGUCACAAAUUAUCUCAGCCU